AACUCAAAAAGAGUUGUGUUUGAUAUAGUUUGGAUUUAAGUCAAGGGAUUUGCAUUGCUUUGAAAAAAAAAAAAAAAUGUCUCACAGUUGCUAUAACAAAUUAUGGACGGAGACUCAGGGGAAUAUCAAAGAUAUGCUCUUUUAUGAAAUGCCACUGGAACUACCUAAACCAGAGAAAGACCGAAAGAUAGCUUUUCAACAACUGGCCACCAUGUAUGUGAAAUAUAUCAAGAUAUAUAAAAAUCUAGAACUAUGCUAUGAUCAAAUUGUUCAGCCUCAGAAACGGCAAUUGUUAAGACAGGUUCUUGAUGCUACCAUUGGAAGAAUUUUGGAACUCAAAAAUGAAAUGGUGAACUUGGAAUUUUCCGAGUUCCACUAUUUUGAUGACAUUCUUGCUGAUUAUAAAUUAACACCACAUGACAUUGAACUGCCAAUUCCCAAGUACUUUCUCUUGGAACGGAAGAGAAUAUUAAAGGAUCGAGAAGGUUUGUUGGAUUCAAUUUUGACAAAACUGGGCAUCAAAGUUUUGGACAAAAAAGACAUGAUUCAGUUGACCUUUGAAGAGGCUGUGCAUAUCAUCCAGAUGAAUGAAAGAGCAAGACAAGGGAGACUAAGAGCAAAGUUCAUGAAAGAAAUAAGGCUACAAGAAGAACGAGAGAAAAGGGCUGAAAUUAGAGGAGUACCAGCAAUGAGCCGACUUUUAGCUGCGCUAUUGAUACAAAAGGUAUGGAAAGGUUUCUUGCAGAGAAAGCGGACAGAAAUAGAAAGAAAUGUUGAAUUGGAGUUCUUGGGAAUGACUCCUCCACCGUUGCCAAACAUCCCAGGUAACACUGCUGUAGCAUCUGCAUUGAAUACCAUGGAGAAACGUCGAGCUAUACAGGAAGUGCAUGAAGAGGAAUAUCGGCAGGCAUUGGUUAGUGUUAAAGAAAGAAUUCAAGAUGUUGAAGGUUCUGACAUGAAAGAAAGAAUGCAAGAUCAGAUACGGCAAUGGUUUAUUGAAUGCAGAGAUGCCAGUGGAAAAUUUCCAGAUUACCCUCCUGCAGAAGAUGGUGGUUCUGCACUGAUAUUUCAAGAAAAAGACCCUCUAGAAUUGGAACUGGAACUGAAGGCAAAGGAGGAAGAGGAAGGUGAAAAGAAAGGAAAAAAGAAAGACGAGGGUAAAACCAAAGCGAGAAAAGAACCAAAGAAAGUUGGGAAAAAGAAAGAGGCAGAGUAUGAGGGCUGGAAAAUGGCCCCUUCCAAUUUUAUUACUUCUCUGCAAGAAGGGAACCAUAAAUAUAAAGAAAUCUGGGCUGAGCGGCAGGAAGAACACAACUUCAUGCAGAAACAUGACGUUGAACUAAUCAAAGAGGAGAAGCGACUUGAAGUGGAGACUGAGAUUAGGAUUCAAGUUGAUGAGCUGAUGCGGGAAGAAUUGAAGAAUUUAAAACUAGCAGUGGACCGAGAAAAAUCCAAAAAGAAAGGAAAGUCUGGUAAAAAGAAAAAAGGAAGUGGUAAAAAAGGGAAGAAAAAGAAAGAAAAAGAUAUGACUCCAGACAGAACAAUAGAGUCCUUGUAUGAGGAGUUGGUUACUCAACAAAUCAUUGUUCCCCACCCGAAAGUUCAGCUUGAGGAAUUUAUUGGUGACUUUUGUUAUCUGGGGACACUUCUCCGUCAUGCUAGUAUCGAACCUAUGCCUAGUCUUUGUGACAUAAGAAGAGUCAUAACUUUGUUUGGAAUCUUGCCUCUUGGUUCACAAGCUGUGCAUGAGAAAGCUCCACUUAUCAAAUCAAUUCUGCUGGCAGGACCGAGAGGGACUGGAAAGAAAAUGCUUCUCCAUGCCUUGUGCACUGAGACAGGAGCAAACUUGUUUGACUUGAGUGCAACCAAUCUGGUUGGUAAAUAUCCUGGCAAAGAUGGCCUUAAGAUGCUGAUGCACUUGGUUGGAAAGGUUGGACGAGCCUUGCAACCUAGUGUCAUUUACAUUGGAGAUUGUGAGAGAAUGGCCAAGAGGAAAAUACCCAAAUCAGACCCCACCAAUCCAAAACGUUUGGCAAAAGAGAUGCCAAAAUUUCUCAAGACUGUCAAACCUGAAGAUCGUUUGCUGCUGGUUGGAACAUCUCGAUGUCCAUAUGAAGGAGAAAUGAAACCAUUGAGCAAUCUCUACCAGAAAAUUAUAUUAAUUCCUAGACCUGAUUACACAUCUCGUUACUUAAUCUGGAAGAAAAUAAUUCCAGCUCAUGGCAUUACUUUACCAGCACAAUUUGAUCUGACAUCCCUUGCGAAAGUCACUGAUGGAUUCACACCAGGAGACUUUGUUUCAGCCCUCAAUUCUAUUCUCACUGAUCACAGAAAACAAUCACUGAACAAAAGACCCCUGCAGGCCAUUGAGCUUCUUACACCAUUAUCAGCUAUUGACCCUGUUUAUAAAGAACAAGAGACAGUAUUUAAGGACUGGUACGCCAAGACUCCACUUGGUAAGAAGAGAAACAAGGCAGCUAAACAAGAGAUGGACACUUUACUUGGCAAAUCAGAUAAGAAAGACAGUAAAGGCAAAAAGAAGAAAAAGAAGAAGAAAUAAUUGAUUUAUGCUUUUGAUGAGAAUAAUAAAUAAAUGAAUAUAUUUAUAUAAAUUCUGGGAAAACUUCUGGGAAAGUUACUUUAUUUUAAACUAGCAUUCUAUCAUGUUUCUUACUUGCUUAAUACUAACAAAACUGGAGUAAAUAUUGGUCAGAAGUAAACAGACAUCGUAAAUUCGGUAUCAUGUAGUUUUUGUUUUUCUCUUGCCACUAGUCCUUUUCUUUGAUAAAUAGUAUCUCUUGAAAUAUUAGAUUCUGUUUCUUUCAAUAGUCAUAUUUAUCUUCAUUACACACUUCUUUGAUUGUUGCCUUUUCGCUUUAUAUAUCUACACUUUUUCAGUCCUUUGUUUUUGAUGGUCUAACUCUAUGUAUUAUUUAUUUAGUUGCCUCAUAAUCUUACACUUGUUAUUUGUGUGAUUUAAGUGUGCACACACGCACACACCACACCCACACACACACAUACACACCCACCACCCACACA